UCGUGCACGUCCGCCUCUUUUGCUUCCGGCUGGGCUACCCACGCGCGCCAACGACACUAGCAACAACAGCGACGUAGCUCGGUCAAUUGUUCCGACGACGGCGACGACCAUACGAUCAUCAUAUCGAGAUACAUUCAUAAAGUGAUCGGUCUUUGGAGCGAGCCUCAGGUAGUGUAUCUUGUCGCUAACCUAAUCAGCCAUUUUAUUUCUGCAACCUCUGUGCUAUCGCACAGCGCGCAUCCGGAGAUUCUAUUAUAAUCGCGUUCUAGGAUCAAACGAAAUCAUCCCUCAUCAGCCUUCUUCUCUCUAUACUCUACUCAUUUCAACGCGAUCUACAUCUAUAUGUCUCUAAUCAUCUCCAACUUCGAAUUACGCCUCCAGUCUGACCUUAAAACCGCGACGACGACACUAAAAAACUAGUAUACACGUUUCAUGAUCGGCGAUCGCAUUGCGUCAAGUCGCAUCCACCCAUAGCAUAACCAGUAGAAAGAGGGGGGAGCCUGUAGGCGUUUGCCCGUGGAGGGACGAGAAAAGGAAAUUAAAAAAUCCAAGGAACUGCUGCACGCAAAGCUCUCACCAAAGCCGAUCGAUCAAUCACAUCGGGACCGCGACGACGGAUAAAAGCAACUAAAGCGUAUGAAACAACGGUUACGGUUGGGCGUCGAUAUCCACGUCGUGGAUAGUCGACACUAUUAGAAAUGAUGGCAAGCAUGGGACCCGGUGGCUUUCAUCCAGGCAUGCAGCAGCAUCCCGGCGCUCAUCCAGGACAUCCUAUGGGCGCUCCAGGUAUGGCUCACAACCCAAGCCAACCGGGAGCUCAGCCGGGUAUGCCUCCUCAGAUGGCUGCUCACAUGGCCGUAUCCGGACCUGGUGGACAGGUCAAUCCCGCGGCCAUGAUGGGAGCCAUGCCUCCCGGUGCUGGUGGCCCCAAUGCCCAUGCUCUACAGCACCUGAACCCUCAGCAGCAGCAGCAGAUAUUCCAACAGCAACAAUUCGCAUCAACCCAGAAUCCCCAAAUGAUUGCCCAAAUACAGCAGCAAAGAAUGUUGCAGCAGAGGCAGGCGAUGAUGCAACAGCAGAUGUAUGGGGGCAUUCCUGUGAAUAUGCAGGGGAUGAACAUGGGUAACAUGACGGCUGCCCAUUUCUCAGCUUUGAGAAACAACGCAAAUAUGCGAGUCGGCGGCAAUAUGGCCCAUAUGCAGCAACAGCAGCAACAGCAGCAACAACAGCAACAACAGCAACAACAGCAACAACAACAACAGCAGCAGCAGCAGCAGCAGCAGCAGCAGCAACCGGGUCAACAGCAACAAGGCCCACAGCCAGGUCAGCAACCGCAACAGAAUUCGCAAGGUCCCCAGAGAGCCCCGACGCCGGCAGUUGCACAACCGAACCAACCUCAGAACCAAGGUCCCAAUCCCGCACAAGGUAAUCAACCGCAGCAACCGCAAGGCCAAGGACAACCACCGAACGGCCAACAAAGCCAACCUCAGCAACCCACCCCGCAGGCGUUACAGGCAGCCCAUAUGCAACUGCCAAAUAGCAUCCAGCAGCAGUUACUACAUCAUCAACAACAACAGCAAAAGAACGAUGGCAUGAAGGGCCAGUGCCUCUUAAAGCUGCUUCAGUUCGGCGAGCACCUUAGUGCCUAUCCUGGCCCUCGGACAAAGGAUGACCUUGCGUACUGGAAUAGCUUUGUAGCGCAAUUCUUCUCGAUGAGAGGCGUUUUUAGAAUCUCUCUAUUUUAUAUUGGUAGUGACACAGGUAAUGAAGAGCACGCGGAUAAGCAGUACGAUAUAACACAACCUGCGCUAGCACGCUACUUUCAUACACAUUACGAGAGCGGCAUCCGAAGGAUCAAUUUGACGUUCGAGAGAGGCAUUUCUGACAGACCAUUGCCGAACGGUUGCCAUUUCAUCGAGAGCCAAAGAGCGCACUUGACCUACUGGUUCGACAAUUCUCAUCUCGUCGCGACAGGAAUACUCCGAGCUCAGUUUGACAGCGAGCAAAAACUAGAUCUAUUAGAAUUCGUCACGCAAAGCCACGAGGAGUAUCACUCGAGGAAGAUGGUUACCGAGGCGGCGAGACCGGCGCACAACUGGGUCAAAGAAUGGCUCAAGGUUAAUAACCAGGACUCGCGAUUGUCGCCGGAGAUGAGCAAGAAGGGAAAGGCGAAGACAUUGAAGUCGCCACCAAAUCCACCCCCGGAUAUUGACCUACCUCCGUCAGCCGUCAAACAAAACAUAGGUCUCACAGAAGGCGUGUUCCAAUUCCUCGAGAUCAUAGAAGUCGUUGGACAGAUGAAUCCAUUGUUCAACUUUUACCAUUCGCAUCCAGGCCUCUCUCCUUACGCUGCACUUGAGCAGUACGUCAACCAGAAUAUUACCAACGCCCCGCAGCAACCGUUAGUGAAUGGCCAACCUCAAGGCACUGGCCCACCCAACCCGCGGACUCCCAGUUUUGGCCAAUUCCCCAUGGGCACUUCACCAGCUACCGCGCAUCUGCAGCUUCCCAAUUCGCCUCACAUGGGCAGCCCCGCUCAGGGACACAUGCAAGCACCUGGCAUGCAACUACAACAGAGUCAGCAAGGAACAAGCUCUAGCGGGCCCAGCGCUAAUACAAGUCCAGCAAGCAAUAAGCGAAGAAGGCCUUCAACGGUAAAGGCCGAGGAAGAAAACGGCGCCCCAACACCCGCGAGUAUCGGAGUCCCUCAGGUAAACGGCGUUGCAAUGGCCAACAAGAAGCCACCCGGAACACCUCGACUACAAAAGCGUGCGAAGGGUAACUCUUCAUGAUAUCUCGCGCCCUCCGGAGUAGGCACGUUUGAGGAAAGAAAAAAAAAUAUAAUAAAGCUGGCAUAGCGACGUCGCAUCUGAUUACGGAAUUCCGUACUGUUGUUCGGUCUCGGCUCGGUUGCUUUAUACGCACUACUACAUCGGCUGGACGUUCAGGAUUUUGCAUUGUUUUGGGGAUUAG